AUGUCACAUCCACUCGUGGCGGCUGUGUGGGAACAGUUAGGUCGCACUGAUAUUUCCAACAUCCUCCGAGAGAUUAUAGGAGACCAUGCCGCGCAACUGGCCGUUUCCCAAGUGCAAAAUGGACUGGUUGCGGAUGUCGAGCCGUUGGUGCGCAUGGUCUUUUGGAUCAAGGCCAUCUUCGAUCUACAACGGUCCUAUCUACAAGGUCUGACGAGCUUUCGCGAAUGUCCCCCGAGUCUGCUUCCGUAUCUCCUACCAUUGGAGACUAUCUACUCGACCCUCAUGUACCUGAUCCGGGUCAAGGCGGAAUUGCUACCCAUGACGGCGGCCGGGGUUCGUGAUCGUGCGCGGUAUCGGUAUUUCCUGGCGGAGGCUGUGCUUGCAGGUGUCAGACUGUUGUUGCUGCGGGGGGAAUCCUUACAUGCUGAGAUGAGAUCGAAUCUAGAGCGCGCGAUGAAAACUGCAUGGCAACAUCCGGGUCUGACGAAUGAGGAGGGCUAUUUGGUCAACGUGCUUUUGCCGAGAGCCAUUAAUGAUAUUGGAGGCGCAGAUGCUUCAAACGCUCAGAGCCCUUUGGCAGCUUCUGGGAGACAUUAUCUUCCGUCUUUCAAUUCGGGGCUCUACCCUUUCCUUAGUGUGCCCGAGACACAUAUUACCGAUCUCUUAACCGGCCUCGUUGGGAGCGGACCGGAUCAUACAUUAUCAUUCUGGACACUAUUUGAUACGUUAUGGGCUUCUGAAUCCGCACUUAUCCAAUGCUAUGUUGACUCCCGUCGAAUACCCCAGCAGCAAGGGGACCCAAACACGACGUCAUCCAACAUCGAAGAAGCAUUUGUCCAGACAGGAAAUGCCAGAAAAAGAUUGGCAAGAACCAUCUUGGCAGCAUCAGACGGGCAGACAGAUACACCGGCGCUCAAGAUUCUUGCGAGUAUUAUCCUGAGUCAAACUGGGGAUGGAAACCCGCCAUUGCAAACACGCAAGGUCAGAGACGCGUGGAACCAGAUGGCCAGCUUUAGAAAUGAGUUGGAUUGCUCUCUAAGCCACUUUGUGAGGUGGCUCAUCAACCGCAGGGUUCAAUUGUGGGACUGCAACGGUGAACUAGAGGCCGUGUCGCACGAGUAUCAACGACAUCUAACACUGUGGCUACACAACUCGUUGCCUGCUGGGGCAGAGAGGCAAGAUAAUGAGGCGGAUAAGGCUGGUGCUGUAUAUGUGGUGGACUGUCCUUUCGUUCAUCCGGUUCCCAAGGCAUUGCUAGAGGAACAGUUGAUAAGAAAUGGGAGCGAUACUGACGAGCUCCAAACCAUUCCAGAACUUCUUUCAAUUGAUGCCUCUUGUCCUCUCUGUCCCGAAGGCACAAUGAUUCAACACGCUCGCAUUAUCGAGCCUUUGGAACAUCUAUCAAGUGCGCUACAAAGCGGCUCCGAAUCAGGGAGUAUCCUCAGUCGACGAUCAGCCUUUGGAUCAAUAUCUGGACGUACAGCUUCCCGAUCAAGCUCUAUGAGCCAUUCCACCCGUCGUUCCAUUGGCUUUGGUGACUCGAAACCAUCCUCUCCAAGUAACAGUAUGCCGAAAAUGAAAAGCAGCCAAUCUCUAUAUGCGAUGGCGAAUUCGCUAAACCAUCUCUCUGCGCCCUGGUUGGACAAGAAUCAACAGAAGCAGGCGGUCAAGUCUUUGUCCAGAGAGCUGAAGAGUGUCAAGCUAGCUCUUCCUGUUCGUCGGGCCUCGUCAAUUCGAAAAGGUCUGUUGAGAGAACAGCGGCUGUCGCGCCAGCCCAAGUUUUGCUUUUCCUCUAGUGGCAAAAGUCUCUUCUUCUGGGGCGAAGAUAGUAGUUGCAUAUCGCGUUUCGAUAUACCAAUGAUAGAUGGACAAAAACCCGAAACACUCAGAUAUGAUGUCUCUGGUGUUCAGUGUGUUGCGGCAGGAGAGCAGCGUUGUGCUGUAAUUUCCUUAGUGGGACAGCAUUAUGAGCUCCUUAUAUUUGGUCCAAAUGGUGUCUCUGCGGAGGCCCUUGUGACCAUCGACACUCCAGGUCUUACUCUUCGCUCUGAUUGUAUGGCUAUGUCCCGUAAUGAUAGACAUAUCGCGUUCAUACUCGAGAACCAGAUCCAUGUUUAUGAACUCGGGAACAUGUACGACCUAGAAGCCAGGUCCAUUAGAAAAGUCACAGUCAACGAAAGCCCUAGGUGGGCCCAGGAGAAAGCAGCUACCCAUCGAAAAAUUGCAUUCUCCGUUGAUGGAAAUGGACUUGUUCUUACUCGUCUUGAAAGCCAAUCUGUAUACUUCGACGUUUGGCACCGCCAAGGAGAUGUAUGGGACAUUGCAAAGGGCGGCUUUUAUUCUAUCAAAAAUACAUCAAUUGACGGGAGUCUUACUGGCGCGUUCUACGACAACCUUCAUCACUCUAUAUUUAUGACAGCCUUUUCAAGCAGAGAAUAUCCCCUGUUGUUUUCGACAUCCAAUGGCGAAGCCACUGGGUCCCCAUUUAGCACCAAGAUUCUUCAUGCCGCUCAAUCCCCCUCCGGCUCGCGAUACGCAUUCGCAAACGGCCUCAACGAGAUCUACAUUUGCGAUUACACCCCAGACGGACCAUUCAACCCUAUCCGAAUCAAGAAAGCCUCCUCCAAAAUAUCCUCAUCAGCCUUCAGACCCGGAAAGCUACUACUUUCCUUCCUUCAAGGAAACGUCCUCUUGGUAUUCUGGGUCAAAGACGAAAAGCUCGUUCUCCGGAUAGCUCGACUUAACGACAACGGCGAGGUUAUCAGCGACUAUGAUCUCCGGGCAGAUCUUGAACGUCUGAUGGCAGAGCGAACGCCAAGUGCAAGCUCGAGGACGCAGUCACCGAGGAUUGGUGUACCGUCCAGCCCCGUGGUGAAGAGGGGUCCGUCAAUUAGCCUCAGGCCUGACUUGCCGGAACUUGCAUCGAAUUGA